UAGGAUUAUGUGUAUAUAAAAUCAAAGACGCAGCUAUUUGAAAUGCUCCUUUUACCUUUCGAUUGAUUUGAAUACUUAAAUCGCUUUACAGUCUUUGUGAGUUAUUCCUCACUAUGUCUAAAAUCUUUCCUUACAAAAGACUAACGUUACUGUUGUGGUACCAUGGUACAGCGAUGAAUCAUCGUUUUAUCUACAGUAAAGGUUUGUUGCUGAUUCUGCUGUUGUGUCUGAGCGCUCAGGCUGUGGAUCGCAGCAACUUUAAAACAUGCGACCAGAGCACCUUCUGCAAGCGUCAGAGGGAGCUGAAGCCUGGUCAGUCUCCGUACAGAGCUCUGCUGGACACACUGGAGCUGAGCGACUCCAGAAUCACCCUGCAGCUCAUCAAUGACAACAACAAGGUUCGCUUGUUGCUUGAGCUGUACAGACUGCAGGGCAACAUGACUCGGGUGAAGAUUAAUGAACUCAAACCACUUAAGCCCCGUUACGAGGUUCCAGAUGUGCUCAUCUCUGAUCCUCUUACUGAACCGCUGUCAGUGGUGUCUCAGGAUGAGAAUAGUCUGGUGUUGUGUCUGGGUGGGAAAGAGCGGCGGCUCAUCGUAAGUGCUCAGCCGUUUCGCCUGGACAUCGUUGAGGGUCCUCAAGUGCUCAUGUCACUCAACUCCCGGGGCCUGCUGGCCUUCGAGCACCUACGAGCACGCAAGGACACUAUCUCUCAUAAAAUAAGUAGCACAGUUGGUAGCAUGUGGGACUCGCUCAAGAGCAUUUUCUCUAGUAAAAGUGAGUCGGAGGAAAUGACAGGACAGGAGAGUGUGGAGAAGCAAUCUGACGAGGAUGGACCGAUCAAAGAAGAAGAGGAUAAACCGGGCAUGUGGGAGGAAACAUUUAAAUCUCAUAGUGAUUCAAAGCCCAAUGGUCCAUCAUCUAUUAGUUUAGAUUUCUCUCUGCCUGGUGUGGAACACGUCUAUGGCAUUCCCGAACACGCCGACACGCUCAAACUGAAAAACACAGAUGGGUCAGACCCGUAUCGGCUGUACAACUUGGAUGUUUUUCAGUAUGAGCUACACAACCCAAUGGCCCUUUACGGGGCAGUUCCCGUCCUCAUAUCUCAUAGUACUGAGCGCACCAUGGGCAUCUUCUGGCUCAAUGCAGCAGAGACAUGGGUGGACAUCAGCUCAAACACUGCAGGAAAGACACUGUUUGGAAAAAUGCUUGACUUCGUACAAGUUUCUAGUGAAGCUCCUCAGACGGAUGUACGCUGGAUAUCUGAGAGUGGUAUUAUCGAUGUCUUUAUCAUGUUGGGACCAAAACCUACCGAUGUCUUCACUCAGUACGCCUCACUUACAGGGACUCAGUCAUUUCCUCCUCUCUCAACGCUGGCGUACCAUCAGUGCCGCUGGAACUAUAAUGAUCAGGAGGAUGUAAAGGCUGUUGAUCAGGGCUUCGAUGAGCACGACAUCCCGUAUGACUUUAUUUGGCUGGACAUUGAGCAUGCAGAUGGAAAGCGCUACUUCACCUGGGACCCUAGCAAGUUCCCCCAACCUAAAGACAUGCUGCAGGGCUUGAGGGACAAAAAACGCAAGCUGGUGGCCAUCGUAGAUCCUCACAUUAGGGUGGACAGUGGCUACAAGAUUCACAAUGAGAUUCGCUCGAGAAGCUUUUACGUCAAGAACAAAGAUGGAGGAGACUAUGAAGGCUGGUGCUGGCCAGGGAAUUCUGGCUAUCCUGACUUCACUAACCCUGAGAUGAGAGCCUGGUGGGCCAGCAUGUUUGCCUAUGACCAGUAUGAGGGAUCCAUGGAGAACCAGUACAUCUGGAAUGACAUGAAUGAGCCGUCUGUGUUUAAUGGGCCUGAGGUGACCAUGCACAAAGAUGCUCUUCAUGGUGUCUGGGAGCACAGAGAUGUUCACAACAUUUAUGGCCUCUAUGUGCAAAAGGCGACUGCAGACGGCCUGAUUCAGCGCUCGGGAGGAGUGGAGAGACCGUUCGUUCUGACCCGAGCAUUUUUUGCAGGAUCUCAGCGUUACGGUGCGGUGUGGACAGGAGAUAACGCAGCUGAAUGGGGUCAUCUGAAGAUCUCCAUCCCGAUGUGCUUGAGUCUGGGCUUAGUGGGCAUCUCUUUCUGUGGAGCCGACGUUGGCGGUUUCUUUAAACAUCCCAGCACUGAGCUUUUGGUGCGAUGGUAUCAGGCAGGAGCUUACCAGCCGUUUUUCCGUGCACAUGCUCACAUAGACACGCCCCGCAGAGAACCCUGGCUGUUCGGCCCAGAGAACACCGGCCUCAUCCGGGAGGCGGUACGCCAGCGAUACGCUCUCCUGCCCUACUGGUACCAGCUCUUCUACAACGCUCACCACACUGGACAGCCUGUUAUGAGACCUUUAUGGGUAGAGUAUCCUGAUGACGUAGCCACUUUCUCAAUUGAGGAUGAGUACUUGAUUGGGAAGGAUUUACUGGUACACCCCGUUACCGAUGAGGGCGCUAAUGGUGUUACUGCCUUUCUGCCUGGGAAAGGCGAGGUCUGGUACGAUGUUCACACUUUCCAGAAGCAUGAUGGGGAUCAGAGCCUCUACAUUCCUGUCACUAUGAGCUCAAUCCCAGUUUUCCAGCGAGGAGGGUCCAUUAUCUGCAGGAAAGACCGUGUUAGGAGGUCUUCCUCCUGUAUGGAGAAUGAUCCAUACAGUCUCUAUGUUGCUCUCAGUUCUCAGGGCUCUGCUGAAGGAGAGCUGUACAUCGAUGACUUCCAUACCUUCAACUUUGAAACGUCAAAGCAGUUUGUCCACAGACGUCUGUCUUUCUCUGCCAACAUGUUGUCCUCCAGAAAUCUGUCCCCAGACUCCCAGUUCUCCACUGGCUCCUGGAUAGAAAAGAUUGUGAUCAUCGGAGGCAGUCAGCCGUCCUCCGUUACUCUGAGAAAUGCAGAUGGUACCGAGUCGACGUUAGAGUUUGAGUUCGACUCUACACAUGCAGUUUUGACUCUACGCAAGCCAGCGGUCAACGCGGCGGCAGAUUGGACUGUGCUUCUGCGGUAACACUAGGAUGACAUGCAAACAUCAGAAGAAAGUACGGCACUUAAUGUCACAUGACCAUACACAAGCAUUACAAAAUGAGACCAAACAGAGAAUGGGAACAUGUAGAGGGAAAUUAAGAAAUCAAAUGUUUUUAAGAUGAUAUUUGUAUGUGUUGAGAUCAAAAUGAAUGCAAACUAAUUUAGUUUGUUUGAAUGAACAGGACCAGGAAAUUAAGAGAAGUGUUCGACACUC